ACUAUCGGAAGGUCGGUGAGGAUGAUGAUAAGGCCCUUCUUCAUAAUUGGUGGGACGCAUUUAUAAAGGGCCAGGUCUACUGUCGAAUUGAAAGUGCCGUGCUGAAAUUUCAGCUUGAAAAUGGCUCGACAACUCACAAGGACUCGAGACAAUGUUUAGCCUCGACCAACUACCUUGAUAAUGAUGGUGUCGCUAAGUUAAUUUGCACAAUACCAUGGCACUCAAUAAAUCGGAAGCGCAGCGCUUCAGCGGUGGAGACAGAUUCUCCUGAGGGACCAACAAUGAAAAGGCCGAGACUAGACACCAUACCCGGAAUCAAGCUGGCUAAACUGCAACAACUUGUCAGCCAAUUCUCCCAGCAAUCGAACGACUGGGAAAAAUUCGCUCCUGAUGGAUUCAUAAAAGAAAUGACCCUCCGUUACAACCAAAUCAUGGGUCUGACUGCCGAAACGGUUGAAGAGUUUAUUAAAGGUGGUGGACUCGAGCAGUGUAAUAACGCCCUGAGAUAUUAUGGUGACAAAUUGAGGAAUCCGUUUGUCCCCACAAGUCUGGAAGAUAAAGAGCGCGGUCAAGAGGCUUAUGAACAAAUGGACAAAUAUGUGAAUGAUUUUGUGUCCUUGCUAACCGACGAAAGAGCCCUGUGGCAAUCAUUUCCGGUCAGUCAACCUGAUUCUUCUAGCGACGAAUGUAACGCCUUUUCCAUUGGCAGACGUCACCGCCCGACGACAUUUAACGGUCAACGCUUUGUUCGGGGGACACCAGCCAGCGGCAAAUCCACUCUCGCGCAGUUAUUGGCGCUUCACAUAAAAAAUAUAGAAGGAGUGAAUCCAAUC